AUGAUCGGAUUCGACAGCCUUAUCAGCAUUGUCAUGGCUGUUGCCACAUUCUUCCGCGACAACUGCCAUCCCGCUUCCCUCUUCCCUUCUUGGACUCAGUACCUCCUUCCUGCCCCCACCGAGUCUUUUUCUCAACAGUCAUCCCCUGUUGAAGACCUCCCUGUCAUUGAGACAAUCACUAUGGUGGUUACUCAGACUGCCGCUGCGACUGCGUCAUCUCUCAACAAAGCUCUCGCUAUCAUUCCAAAGACUGCACCUUAUGCAGCACCAACUUCCUCCGAUCUGGCCAGGGAAAUGAUCUACGCCUUAUUUACCUACAUCCUUCGCUUCUUCACUCACCCCCUCACCCUCCUUCUCUUCUUCUCUUUCGGAUUUGAACUUCUCAAAGUCAUUGUCAUCUACCGCAUCGCCUCUUCCUCUGUCCCGAAGCAACAAGAUACAAUCAAACUCGAGGCGCAAAUCAUCGAGAGAGAUGGAACAAUCGAGAAAAUGCGCUCGGCCCACGCCACAACCGUUGCAGAACUCCGCGAAAAGCUCUACACCCAGGAAGAAAAAGCCAGAACUGCCCACUUCGUCCAUCGCGUCGAAAUGGGCAAAAAGGUACAGGAAAUCAAAACUCUCGGCCACAAGCUCGAAUGGUCCGGUCACAUGGAGAUAAAGGCCCGGUACGACAGCGACGACAAGGUUCGUGACCUCGAGAAGAAGAUUGAUCAACUCCGUCUCGUGGUUGACACCUUGGAAGACAAGCUCGAGGCCGCAGGCGAGCUCAUCGAUGCCGCCGAACAAGCCGACGACAAGGCCAACAAAGAGAAGAUUGUCCGUGAGCGCCAGAAUGCGCAAGCACACAUCGACAAGCUACGCACCGAGAUCGAGACACAAAAGAACAACGUCCGCAUCGAAGAGUACAAGGUCCAGGAGCUCAAGCGUGAGAACAAGGAGCUGGGUGCAAAGGCAAGGGAGGCUGCCGCUGUCCCCAAUCUUCCUUCUUUCGUUGGCAAGACCACAGCUACGGCUGCUGAGGAGACUCGUCGCCGCUUGCAGGCACUCCCUGGUCCGGAGUCGCCUCGCUCGCCCGCCCCUACCCCCGCCAUCGUCGCCCCCUCUUCCUCUACUGCCUUCGGGCCCAGAGCUAAUCCUAUCACCACUCCUGCUGUUCGUCAGACCAAAGGUCCUCGCCCUCGCCCCACCGUCUGGAUCGCCGCCGCUCUGCCUAACCCCAUCAGACUGGCUCGUCCUCCCCCGCCCCCUAUCAUGCCGAAAACCAAGAACAGCCGCGGAAAAUGA